GCAAUAAUCAUUCACUUUCACUACCAACUUCUCCAACCAAUUUCACAGCUUCCAUAUCAUGUGCCACGCCUGGGAGAGAUUUUACUACUAGUACCUGGUCAGUAAUAAUAAUGAGAAGCAGUUAUUCUAUUAAUGAAUGAGGAAGUAUGGAAAACAACAAGUCAAGCAACAACGAACGGUCAGUGGAUUGAAGGGUUUCGAGUACGAAACUUAUGGCUGAAGCGUCAUCACAUAACUGUUCUGUACGAGAGGGUGGUCAUGAAAGGAAGUUACUGUUCAAUCGGCUUGAUAAGAGACUGAGAAUCCUUGAAGAAGAAAUUGAAAACAUGAAGCAAGAUAUUUUGGUGACUGUGGAAGACAGGACCAAGUUGAUUACUGAGAUAUAUGAUCAGUUUCAGGCUAUACAUCAUUUUAUACACCUCAGAGAUCAAGAAGAAGAGAAACCUUGUGAUGAAGGUUUGACCAUCAUGCCUUCCAAGGUGGGAAGAACAGGAGCUGGUCUGUCACAAAUCCUAAGCCAAGAAUCAAAUUCAUCACUGGUCAUUCGGGAUCUAAGAGCUACUACACUAGUAUUACAGCACCAAGCUCAAGUCGUUAUCAAAUAGGCGACUGCUUCCACUUUAG